UAUUAACUCUUUUCCAUCCCAAUAGGUAUUCACUUCAUAUACCAACCCAAGCGGCAAAAUAUAUCAACUACCAUUACAUGUUUUACAUGUCAUCAAAUAAACAUAAAAUAUACAUACCUCUCAAUACCAAAUUAACACAUUCACAGACCAUGGUCCAGCCACGCCGACCAGUCAGAAUCGCCAAUAUCAGCGGCUGCACCGGUGAUGGACCACUUGCACUCCGUAGAGCUGUCCGCGAGGGUCCGGUCGAUGUGAUCACGGCUGACUACCUUGCUGAGGCCAACAACGCAUGGCUCGCAUUUGAAAAGCUACAAGACCCCAAGAAGGGUUAUGAGCCGGGUUUCCUCCGCCAGCUGGACCGCGAGACGGCCCACAUCAUCGCCAAAAAUGGCAUCAAGGUCGUACACGACGGCGGCGCCCUGAACCCGGAGAGUAUGGCCCGCGAGACCAGGGAGCUGCUUCACUCCUACGGCGUGACGGGCCUCAAGAUCGCCUACGUCGACGGCGACAACGUCAUGGGCAUGCUGGAUCAGCUCCAAGCGCCCGAGAGGGCCGCCAAGCAUCUCGACGUCGAGGGCAGGACGCUCUCCGACAUUGACAAGCCGGUGCUGAGCGCGAAUGCGUACGUCGGAAUGGGCGGGAUCGUGGCCGCGCUCAAGUUAGGUGCCGACAUUGUCAUCUCUGGGAGGUGUUGCGAUGCAAGCCCCGUUAUGGGAGCUGCGGCAUGGUGGCAUGACUGGUCCGAGACUGACUACGACCGCCUGGCCGGUGCACUGAUUGCUGGACAUGUUAUUGAAUGUGGAUGUUAUGCCACGGGUGGUAACUUCUCUGGCUUCAAACAUAUCCCAAACAAUUACGACCAGGGAUUUCCUGUUGCCGAGAUAGCAAACGAUGGUACCUUUGAUAUCUUGCUGCAGGAUGGCGCCAGGGGCCUCGUCAGCAAAGACACAGUCACGGCGCAGCUGGUGUAUGAGAUUCAGGGGCCAUUUUACCUCAACCCAGACGUUGUUGCGGAUUUGCGAGAGAUCAAGAUCAAGGAGAGCGGAAAGAAUCGCGUCACCGUCUCUGGAAUGACGGGCUCGCCACCCCCACCGACAACAAAGCUUGCCAUCUGCACACUGGCCGGCUACCAGCUCGAGAUUUAUCUCUUUGCGUCCGGGCUCGACAUACCCGAGAAGCUGGCUUCGCUCCGUAGGCAGCUGGACGAGAUCAUCGAAAACAAGGCCGACUACACCGUCCUCCGCGUCGACCAGUAUGGCGUCCCUCAGCACGACGCCCCUACUGAAGCUCUGGCGACGUGCACAUUCCGCGUCUUUGCGCAGGCAGAUCGUGCCGAGACGCUGGCCACACUUCCUCGGACUAUAGGAGGUUAUACGGUCCUGGGUGGAUACUGUGGGAUGCACAUGUGUCUGGAUGUGCGGAUGCUCCAACCCAGACCAUACGUCAACUACGAGCCCUUCCUAAUCCCCUACACGGACGUCUCCCUCCGCGUCACGGUCGACUCCCAACCACCCAUGAUCGCACGACCACCACCCAAAACCCAACCGUUCGCGGGCCAAAUCUCAUCCGACUCGCGCGAGCCGCACCGCACUCUCGAGCACGGCCCGACGACGCGCGCACACAUGGGCACGCGGGUGCACGCGCGGUCGGGCGACAAGGGCUCCAACGCAAACGUCGGGUUCUGGGUGCUCGAGGACGACGAGUACGAGUGGCUGCGGUCGUUUCUGUCCGUAUCGCGGCUGCGGCUGCUGCUGGGCGACGAGGACCGCGGAGACCGACGCUGGGAGGUUGAGAGGUUCGAGAUCCCGGGCCUCAGGUGCGUGCACUUUCGAGUCAUUGGCAUCCUGGACGGUGGGAUCAGCUCCACUUGGAGGCAGGAUGGGUUGGCGAAGAGUUUUGGGGAGUUUUUGCGCGCUCGGGUCGUGGAUAUGCCGACAAAGUUCCUUGAAAGAGGCAUUAUUUCCGGCGGACGAGUUGCUGAACUACCUUUGCCAAGCCUGUCUCGCCUGUAGGCUGCCGGCUAUGUUUGAAGGAUUCUGUAGAUAUGAAAAAGAAAGUCGCCUAUAUAAAUCGGCGUUAUUGGACAGUCGCGCAGUCAUUAUACACUAGGUCUAGCACCUUUGAAACAACUUACCGGCUCUGGGCGGAGCUCGGAAACUGAACCCGCGCGCAGCCUAUCGAAUCUUACGGGCAGCCACACCGAUAACUGCUAUGGGAAAUCAAACUUGUUCUAACCAUCUCUUUGCCUCCCGCCAGCAUACUUGGCCUUGCAAGUCUUGGUCAUCUGUGAUGCGUACAUACUGGACCAGUUAGACGUCAGGGAUG